UCCCAGCGCGCGCGUAGCCUAGCCACCCGUGCAUAUCUAUUCUCUCCAAAUCUCAAAGCGUCCGUACGUCGCGCGCGAGCAGAUGGGCGGCGCUCUCGUUCCUCUCCUCGUCUCCGUGGUACUACUCGUCGUGGCGGCGGCGCGUGCCCCGGCGGCCUCCGCGGCGCCGCGGGCAUUCUUCGUCUUCGGCGACUCCCUCGUCGACAACGGCAACAACAACUACCUCCUCACGACGGCGCGCGCCGACGCGCCGCCCUACGGCAUCGACUUCCCAUCGCACCGCCCCACCGGCCGCUUCUCCAACGGCCUCAACAUCCCCGACAUCAUCAGUGAGCACCUCGGGGCGGAGCCUGCGUUGCCGUACCUGAGCCCGGAGCUCCGGGGGGCGAAGCUGCUCGUCGGCGCCAACUUCGCGUCGGCCGGCGUUGGGAUCCUCAACGACACGGGAGUGCAGUUUGUGAAUAUAAUUAGGAUCGGAGAUCAGCUGCGUUACUUCGGGGAGUACCAGCGCAAGCUGAGGGCAUUCGCCGGCGAGGAGCAGGCGGCGAGGCUUGUCAGCGGGGCUCUCGUGCUCAUCACAUUGGGAGGCAACGACUUCGUCAACAACUACUACCUGGUGCCCAUGUCCAUGCGGUCUCGCCAGUACGCGCUCCCGGACUACGUCCGCUACAUCGUCUCGGAGUACAGGAAAAUCCUUGCGAGGUUGUACGAGCUUGGGGCGCGUCGCGUGAUCGUAACGGGGACGGGGCCGCUGGGGUGCGUGCCGGCGGAGCUGGCGCAGCACAGCGGCAACGGCGAGUGCGCGGCGGAGCUGAACCGCGCCGUGGACCUCUUCAACCCGCAGCUGGUGGACAUGGUGCGCGGCCUCAACCGCGACGCCGGCGCCGACGUCUUCGUCUCCGCCAACACCUACCGCGCCAACUUCGACUACCUCGCCAGCCCGCAGAGCUACGGGUUCACGGACGUGAAGGUGGCGUGCUGUGGGCAGGGGCCGUACAACGGGAUCGGGCUGUGCACGGCGGCGUCCAACGUGUGCGCCAACCGGGAGGUGUACGCGUUCUGGGACGCCUUCCACCCGACGGAGCGGGCCAACCGCAUCAUCGUCGCCCAGUUCAUGCAUGGGUCCACCGACUACAUGCACCCCAUGAACCUCAGCACCAUACUCGCCAUGGACCAGGAGGGUCCUCUUUAGCUAACUGGUUACCACUGCUAUCCAGACCAGUGCUGCUCUCUCGGUCAACACAACAACAGCUUAGCUUGUGUGGACUGUCGUGGCAUUUCAUCUCACUCCUCAGCUUGGAGUACUAUUGUUUUAUUUUAUUUUGAGUUGGUACUAUUAAUCCUCCUCAUCCAUCGAUGUCACUUGUGCUUGGCCAGAAAUAGUUUGCUCGUAACGGCA